AACUCAGUCAACAUGCGGCAAGCUGUGGGUAAACAUUCUUUUGAACGGAAUCCAAACAUUUUGAGGCUACAAAAGGCCAAGCGCCGGCGGCAACGUGCUGCAAUUGACCAAAAAUGGCGCUGUGCUAGUAAUGUUCAGGACUUGGAGCAACUGGAUACGUUUCAUCGUGCCAUAAGGCCAUAUUUGUGCCUGGCGCAGGUUCUUGGCAUGAUGCCCUUAGCAAAUGUGCUAAGUCCUAAUCCUCAGAUGGUCACAUUUCAAUUACGUUCUUCUGGCACGUGCUUCUCGGUGAUCUUUCUACUGUUGGGUGGUGUGAAGACAAUCCGCUUAGCAACAAAACUGUUUCAAGGCGGUAUUAAUGCUAAGAAUAUUGUGGGCGUCGUAUAUUUUAGCAGCGGAAUGAUAAUCUGUUUGAAUUUCAUUUGCUUGGCGCGUUGCUGGACCCGCUUAAUAGUUCCCUGGAGCGGUAUAGAUAUAAUAAUGCUUUUCCCACCCUAUGCAACAACGAAUCAUAGCCUACGCCGUAAACUGCUUAUUACUGGAUGUUCUUUGGGUUGCCUGACAUUGGCUGAGCAUUUGCUAUAUUAUGCAUCCAGCUAUUAUAAUUAUCGCAUGCAAAUUGUGCAUUGUCAGACGAACGUAACGGAUAUACCAUUCAGCGGGUAUAUGAAGAGAGAAUUUGCGGAUAUUUUUGAAAUGUUGCCCUACAAUCCCAUCUUUAUAUUCUAUGCGUUUUUUUUGAAUGGCACCUUCACUUUCAUUUGGAAUUUUAUGGAUAUGUUUAUAAUUUUGAUAAGCAUUGGUUUGGCCGAACGCUUUCAACAGUUGGCAAACCGAGUUGUGGAUCUCGCAUAUCAACAUGUGUCUGAUGCUGUGUGGCAUGAAAUACGCAUGCAUCACAUACUCCUAUGUGAACUUAUGGAUCUGGUUGAGACAAAUAUAUCGCAUAUUGUCUUGCUCUCCUGUUUAAAUAACAUUUACUUUAUAUGCAAUAAGCUAUUAACUAUUUUUACGUAAGCUUUUUACUCACAGUCAUUCUAGAAAAUAUUCUUAGGUUCGAAUAUGUUUUACAGCAAACUACGCUAUCCCGUUAAUUAUGCAUAUUUCUGGUAUAGUUUGCUCUUCUUGCUGGGCCGCACCUGCGCCGUCUUUUUGUGCGCCUCCAGAAUCCACGAAGCCUCGUUACUACCCCUUACGGUGCUGUCUAUGGUGCCCAGAGAUGACUGGACCGAGGAAGUACAGCGUUUCAGCCAUCAGCUAAGGAGUCAGUAUAUAGGUCUCUCCGGCUUGGGUCUUUUCCACCUGACACGCAGAAGCUUCUUUGGAAUGAUGACCACGCUUGUGUACUAUGAGUUCAUGCUAUUGCAACUGGAUGCCAAGAGCAACAAGAAUGAUCUACCCGCUUUGUGUGUCUGAAAUGGAACAAAAAAGAAAAUUGUUUUAAAAUUACAGAAAAAACGCCUAUGUUCGGGACAACGAA